CAGCGUCGAAACUUGCUUUGGAGUUCUUCUUGCUCUUGUUUGUCAUCAGCUGUGCGAGUCGAGGCUGUGUUACGUUAGCCGUUUGUAAUUUUUAGUUAAUGGCAACUUUAUUCAGCUUCGAUAAUUUUCGUAAAUUACCCACAACGGAGCUGCGUCUCAAUCGAUCCAUUCAAUAUUGCUGGGAAAUUGUUGAUCGCCUGAAAACGGAACCGUAUCUUCAGGUGGCAAAAUAGAUACAAGCUAACGAAAUGGGUGAGGUUAGCGUUGGCCAGCCUAUGGUAGAAGAAGUAGAAAUUCCUGUUCCAUGGGGAAUCGUUGCAGCUUGUGCUAUCACGUAAAGCGUGAUAACUACCAUGACUGAAUCGAGUGAGCACCCAGUUAAACGAAUUCUUGAUGCAUGGUGUGGUGAAUCGUUCUAUAGCAUCAUCAGUCCAGUGGUUCACUUAGGUAAAUGGUGGGGCUCUCGCCUGAAGCAACCUGUGCUAGCGAUUCAUGGAUGGCAAGAUAAUGCAGGGUCUUUUGAUCGUCUGUGCCCUUUGCUACCAGCAGAAAUUUCCAUUUUAGCCAUCGACCUCCCAGGACAUGGAAAGUCGUCUCACUAUCCAAAGGGCAUGCAUUAUUUCAUUUUUUGGGAUGGUAUUACACUGAUCCGGCGCAUUGUGAAGUACUAUGGAUGGGAAAAUAUUACUCUUCUCGGUCAUUCGUUAGGAGGUGCGCUUAGUUUUAUGUACGCCGCCAGCUUUCCGAAUGAAGUGAAUCGGUUCAUUAGUCUCGAUAUUGCUGGUCCUACGGUUCGUGAUCACAUCAAAUUGGCAGCUAGUACUGGCGAUAGCAUCGACAAGUUUUUACAUUAUGAAACGCUACCCGAGUCUAAGAUGCCUUGUUAUGGUUAUGAAGAAAUGAUUGAUCUAGUACUAGCGGCUUAUGAAGGCUCAGUAGAUCAUGAUUCUGUGGAGGUGCUGAUGCGCCGAGGCAUGGCAUUGGCUCCACCGCAUAUGCACAAAAAUGGAUAUCAUUUUGCACGAGAUCUUCGGCUGAAAGUGGCGUUACUGGGCAUGCUUUCCCUGGAACAAGUUCUUGCCUACGCUGAAUGUAUAAAAUGUAAGGUGUUGAACAUUCGCGGAAAACCCGGAAUGAAUUUUGGCAAUCCUGAAGUGUACGAAAAGGUAAUGGAAGUGUUACAUCGCUCUGCGUCGAAGGUUGUUUAUUAUGAAAUUUCGGGAACCCAUCACUUACAUCUGGUAACACCGGAAAGAAUAUCAAAUGAAGUUAGCCAGUUUUUGCUCGAGGAUUAAGAAUAAUGGUUAAUUAUGUUACAAAUAAACAUAGGGCAGGUCGUGAACUAUUAGCGUUAUUUAGAGAAUUCCUAAAUACACUGAAACAAUACGUGGGCUUCAAGGAGGUUGUGCUACUCGGUUAAUUCAGGAACAGUAAUGGUCUUCAGAUUAUAUUGCAUUCAAAAAAAAAAUUGACAGAGCUAGAGCUAUAAUUCCGGACAAAUACAGCCUUGUAGUGUGUAAUCAAUUGUAUUGAAAUUUUAACACUAUGCUAUGUCAGAGCUACAUGUAGCAUGACGAUGAAGCCCUGUAUGAAUUGGUGAAAUACGUUGGUUAUUGUAUGGAUGAAUUGCGUUAUUGGGAAGGUUAAUCAUGGUGUUGUUUUAAAAAUAUUAGAAAAAGGAACAGAACGUUUCAGGAACGAUAAUACAAAAUAAUAAAGUUUAAUAAAAAGGUAUCUCAAUAUUA